AUGUCAACACUUCGUAGGUGGUCGACAAAUGAGGCCGGGAGCAAUCAUCGUCCUGGUCGUUCUUUCCCAUCUGACAUUGUGACUGCCUGACUGUGCGACUGCCUGUUGUACUAUGGCCUGCUGUGCUCUGCUUACUACAAAUACCUGUAAUUACUCUUUUCGGCUAUCUCGUCAUCGUCGCACGGAUCCAGUCCUCCUUACUCACUGCCGCCAUCCGCAUCUCCCCCACUGUAUCAAACCCUUGAGUCUGCAUGCUAGCAUUCAGCUCUUUUCUCUCAUCUCCUACACGUUGCUCUACUGUGUUUCACUCGUCAAUUGGAUGCUUCGGUCCGAUUACUGGAGUCGCCGCAUACAAGGAACGGCCGCCGUGAUACAACCUGCGCGUGGAUCACCGAACCAUCAUCUAACCGCGCCAUUCUCACAUAGUGGCGGCGUCCUUCUUUGCUUGCCAUGUUCCAUAAGUUGGCUUGAAGUCUGGCCAUUGCGUCGUUGAACUGCCGACGUCAAGCCACAGUCCGCGUUUGCGGUAACACGGCAUUUGUCUUCAGCCAGAGCAUCAGGGUUUCCAACUGGCGUCCCAGUCGCUAGGGGCGCUUCGACAUAAUUGUUUGUGACCACCUGUCCGG